AUGGCAAUGACCGCUGUCCGUGUGUCGGUCAGCAGCAUCAAUAGCACGAGGACCUCCCCUGUCAUGGUGGUUGUAAGACAGAGCGAAGGAAUCAUGUCCUGGGCAGUGCCGCUCUUCAUUGACUACAUCUAUGCCUACUACUCCGUCAGCCGCACACUGUGCCCCAUCUUUCAUCGGCACAAUUCGGACACAGAAGAAGUACAACAUGAGAUCUAUGUUGACGUGUCCUCCAUGGCUGUCAAUGCCACGCCCUUCACAUUUUCUGCCGAACUUCUACCCGACUUUGAGCUGAGACAUAAUGAGAUGAAGAAUACAACCAUUUCCCCAUCGGAGCCCCAGUACUUCAUGUACAAGUUUCCAGAAAACGUAACAUCCGUUCUCAUCAAGGUCAAUUCCGCCUCGAAAACCUGCAUGGUGGUCUCAAUCCAGGAAAUCAGGUGCCCUGUGUACGACCUUGACCGUAAUGUGGAGUUUGCUGGCAAGUACCAGACAAUGAGCACUCAAGCCGCCAUGUUGCUUCAGGCAUCAGACUAUGACGGGAGAGCACUCUAUGUGGUACUGAUUGUGAAGCCCUUCGACCUUGACUGUGUUGGAAUUGAAGAGAUACAAACUUCAGGAGCCCCCGCGUCUCGAGUCAAGAACGUUUCAAUCUUUGUCGAGGAAACAAUACCGAAGUAUCAGUACUUUAAAGGAAUCUUCGCUGCAGUUGGAUUCUUCUUGGCAUUCUAUGUGAUUGCUCUUGUCGUGCUGUGCGGUUUUCACAGAUGUAACACCAGCCAGAGCCUCAUGGAUAUCUCAGAGUCGGAGCGAGACAAGCUUAUUGGGUUCAUUCAACCUGGAUACCACUCAACCAAUCAGAAUGCAGGGACACCUAGCGAUAUCGACAGCUCUCACUCCUUUGCUCAGAGCGGUGCCAGUUAUGGGUCCAUGAGUUCUAAUAUUGGUAAGAGUUGUGCACCACCUCACCCAGGACAUCAGGCAACACCCCCAGGACAUCAGCGGGGCAAUUCACUGGACGAGUCCGACCUUGACUUUCUCCACGAUGCCAAUGAAGAGAAGGACAUCUUCAGGACAAAAACAGCCUUGUUUGUGUCAGACCUCGCAAGGAAGAGUCGCAAGAAGUUGUCCAAACUGUACAAGAUUUAUCACUGGAAUCUGUUCACAAUUGCCAUCUUCUAUGGACUGCCAGUAGCUCAACUUGUCAUCACCUACCAGAAGGUUCUAGUUGCAACUGGGAAUGAAGAUUUGUGCUACUACAACUUUGACUGCGCCCAUCCCCUAGGUGUCCUCAGCUGCUUCAACAGCGUGUUCAGCAACAUCGGCUACGUCCUCCUUGGGAUACUCUUUAUCCUGCUUGUCUGGCAUCGAGAUUCUUUACACAAAAAGCUGGUCAGAGAGCACGGAGAUGUGGAGCAGAGGUUUGGCAUCCCCCAACACUUUGGCCUGUUCUACGCAAUGGGCGUUGCCCUGGUGAUGGAGGGCGUGAUGAGUGCCUGCUACCACGUGUGCCCCAACUACUCCAACUUCCAGUUUGACACUUCCUUCAUGUACAUCAUAGCGUGUUUGUGUAUGCUGAAGAUCUACCAGUCUCGGCAUCCCGACAUCAAUGCCAAGGCAUACCAGGCCUACCUCUGUAUGGCGCUGGUCAUCUUCAUGGCCGUCAUCGGAGUGGUUUAUGCCACUGGCCUGUUUUGGAUCAUCUACGCCAUCGUCCAUAUGUUUGUCAGUCUACUUCUCAGUGCACAGAUCUACUACAUGGGCAGGUGGCAGAUCGAUCGGUACAUAUUCAAGCGGCUGUGGUACGUGUUCGUGACUGACUGCUUGAAAUGUGCCCGGCCGACGUACAGGGACCGUUUCUUCCUCCUGCUGGUUGGCAACGCAAUCAACUGGGCAUUUGCAAUCUACGGAGCUAUCCAGCAGCCGGCCGACUUCGCCAGCUACCUUCUCGCCAUCUUCAUAGGCAACCUCCUCCUGUACUGCCUCUUCUACAUCCUCAUGAAGCUUCUGAGUGGAGAGAAGAUCAAGUGGGUGGCCAUCUUCAUAAUCCUGCUGUCCAUGGUGACGUGGGGGUCAGCGUUCUUCUUCUUCUUCUCCCACCUCACAUCCUGGCAUAAAACACCGGCAGGUUCGAGAGAGGGUAACCGUCCCUGCAUCCUGCUGGAGUUCUACGACGCCCAUGAUGUCUGGCACUUCAUGUCCGCUGUCAGCCUCUUUCUUUCAUUCCUGAUCCUGAUGCUGCUGGACGAUGACCUGUCCUUGAAGAGAAGAGACAGAAUCCCAGUUUUUUAACAAGAAGUAAUCACAGAGUUAUCUACCCAUGGAUCUUUCAUCAAGUAUAGUGUUGUCAACCUGAUGUCAACUAGUUUUCUUCUUUGUCAAAUGCCCUUAAAACAUCGCAGUGCCAUUCAUGUGUUCAUAUUUUGGAUAAUUUCUGACAUUUUCACAAGCAGUGUUUCAAUCUACACAAGCAUUCAGAUCAAGCCUUAUGUCCUGUGUCUUCUGUCUCAAAAUUUGGCUGCUGCCUUCCAUAGUUCAUCUUGCUGGGUCGUCUAUAUCUCCAGAACUAGCAUUUCAGUAAGCCUACACUAGCCCAUGGAUCCAUUCAUGUGGUUCUUCAAGUUUCAAAUUACCUGCCCUUGAUUUUUAUUGUCACUUAAGAUUUUACCAACCAAUCAAACGUUGGCAUAAGGGUAAGGGAGGUAACUCUUAUUACCUUGAAGUCAGAGCCAGGUUUUCAUGGCAUGAACACAUCCUUUGCGUCAAAAAGAUUUUUCAGAAGUUUUUGGCAUGUCAUCUAGUCUUUUGUCUGUUUUCGUAAACAUAAUCCUUAUCAGUACGAUUGGUCACCAUGUUGAUGUCGUCAACCCAACAUUGAUGCUGGUUUGUAACUUACUUCUGUUUGGUACUUUAAAGCCAGUAGGCAGUAGUGUAGCCAAUCAAAUUGGCAAAUGGAAAUCAAGGGCGGGGUAAUAUGAGACUGCGAGAACCACGUGAAUGAAUCCAGGGCUUAGUACAGGUGUACCGAAAUGCGAGUCCAAGAGAUAUAGAGAUAUGCUAGGGUGAGAUUUAGUAACAUCUCGUUGGAGAUACCACUACACUGAUAUCACUUGACAAUGCUUUCUUGACCAUUGUGAUCAUUGUUGCCAUGGCUACCAUGCAGUCACAUGACAUCACCAACCUCAGGUUCCUGUUUAUUCUGACCGCCUCCGUGGUGUAGUGGUUAGAGCGUCCGCCCGGAGAGCGGAAGGUCGCGGGUUCGAUCCCCGACCGCGUCAUACCAAAAGACUCUUAA